UGUCUAUAGGAUUCGGACUGUCAAUUUCUUAAUAUGAUGGAUCGAUUCAUUUACGAUACUUGCUUGACUUCCUGCUUUUUAUGAGGCAGGGUAAAUAAGUGAAUUGUGUGUUUUGUGAUGGGCUUUAUUGCAACUUAUGGAUUGUUAAAUACCCCUAGAGCCCUCAGGAUGAACACUCCUGCAAGUGUCCCCGUGGAGAAAAUGAGACAAAUCCUCACAGAGGUAAUAGACAUUAUAGAGUCUCCACAGUAUGCCAGCAAGUUGGACGAGGCUAAGGAGGCAGCUGGCAAUGAGAUGCUCAAAAUGAUGCAAAUGGUUUUCCCAGCCAUCAUCCAGAUUGAAAUUGAAGUUAUCAAACGUCAUGGGUUCAGCAGUGCUAGAGAAGGUAUUGUGCACUUCACUCAGAUGGUUCGCCAGAUGGAGACCCAGGACAGUGAGAUAGCUCGUCUUCACGCUCAGAUCAGAAGCCACUACAUGCCUCCCGUGUCUAUCAGCUCAACAGUCGAUACCUCACUGUAAACUGUAAACGCCGGUAUCUCUCCCCGUAGCUGUCGCGAUGUCGUCAAAAGCACAUAGAGAUUGGGCAACAUACAUUACAUUCAUUUCUUUUGACUUAAUACCGAACAAUGUAUUACUAGAAUUUAUAAAUUUAAUAGCAUUUAUUUUAUAAUAAACUUUUCUAUAUUUA